UACGUCAUUAUGUUGUAAAAAAACGAUUAGACGUUGAUUGCGUGAUAUUGUAUGAAAGAGGGAAGAACGAAGACGGGAAAUUAAAAGACGAAGUGAAAAAUUGCUCUAGAGGUAUUAUGGAUACACAUCUAAUGUAAAUCUAUGUAUUUUCUUUUUUUCUUAUUUUUGAGUCCUUAAAAUCGCAAUACCACAAUUUAAGUCUUUCUAUUUUAUACGCGGCAUUCACUUUCCGAUGGAUCGACUUUCGCGGUUGGGAUUCUAUCGAGCAACAAUGGCACGCGCGAUUCUCGAAGUCGAAAUAGUCGAAAGAACGAAAUGUACUCAAAAUGUAUACAUUAUAAUACCAUCGAUUAUCAUACAAUAUAGUAAUAUUAUAGAAUAUAGCAUAUAGUAUAGUAUAGUAUAUUAUAUAUAUUAUUGUAUAGUUAUACUCGGAAUGCCUCAUGCUUGUAAGUCAUGACUCAUGCUGCAGUCGACUAAUUGACCUUGUUUCUUGAAUCUGUCGAAUCUUAUCAGCGUGCAGGGAAUCCGAAUUGCAAAAUGGACGCCGAUCCUAAACGCACGGUCCUGGUGACCGGCUUCGGCCCGUUCAAAACACACGUGGUAAACGCCAGUUGGGAGGCGGUGAAGGAAUUGCAGAAACUUUGGGAGAACUCCGUGGAAUUUUCCGACGUUAAACUGAUCGCGGAAGAGGUUCCGGUUUCGUACGAUUACGUGUCCGAGCAUAUCCCUCGGCUUUGGAAGGAACACAAUCCUUCGAUUGUCCUGCACGUGGGUGUGUCGCACGAAGCCGAAUUUUUAACGAUAGAGCGUCACGCUUACAGCAACGGCUACAACACGCUCGACGUAUGUAAUAAAUGCCCCGACGAAACGGACGUCGAGUGUAACGUUCUGGAAACUGAGAUAGAUGUCGAGGAACUUUGCGACAAUGUGAAUAAAAAUUCCGAGAGAAGCGGCUGCAAGGCUUACCCCUCGCAGAACGCCGGCAGAUAUCUGUGCGAAUAUAUAUUUUAUCAGUCUCUCUCUAUCGAGUCGACAAAGACUCUGUUUGUACACGUUCCGGAUUUUCACAAGUAUUCCAGUGUACAAGCUGCAAAUGGUUUAUACGAUAUUUUAUAUUACCUACUAAGAAAUUUGAAAUUCUGUCAAAAGUCUAUUAACCACCAGUAAUUAAUAAUAGGGAACAAUAAUAUAAUUUCAUAUAUAAAUGCGCUUAAGGCCUAUGUACAUUCUUACGUAUAUAUAUGCAAUAUAUAUGCUAAAAAUGAAAAAGUUAAAUGUAAGAUAGAAAGUACUACGUAAUAUAAAUAACACAUGUGAUAUUAACAUGGGACAUGGCGUAUGAUUAUAACAAAUACAAGUAUUAUUUUUGCUGUAUGAAUGUCCAGCUUUAAUAUAAAUGUAAAUAACAUUCCAA